CCCCCCCCCCCCCAACACCCCCCAUCCCCUUCCUCGUGUCCCUGCUAACAACUUAUCAGACGUUUCUCCUACUUCCAUCAAUAACCUCCUGGUGUGAUCUAGCCAAAUUUAUGACUGGCCGAUAGGAGCACGUGAUACGUCUUAAACAACCCAUAUUUGGGCAAUAGAGAACAAAAAAAUAAAAGAAUCCCCCCACCUAUAAAUCGUGGUCAUUUUUAGGAUAAAAACCCUCAUGAACUUCAAAAAGAGCCACAAAUCAAACGCAAUAACAAUAACAAAACGUUAUAACCGUUCUCGGCGCUCGUAGAAUAUAAUUAUCAUGUUGUGGUAGAACUUUAAUGUAAUAAUUUACUCGGUAUAAAUGCUUCUAGUUGGUGUUUGCUACGUUUUCUCUUGAAAUGAGCUCUUACGUAGCCAACUCGUUGUUCAAGCAAACAAGUCAUGAAGCGUCCGCCUUCACUUUGCACAACCAUGGUUACGGUUCCGUGCCCGAGCUCCACGUACCGUCGGGCUACUGUUACGGAGGGCUCGACCAUCAACAUCGAGGUUCCUUCGCGUGCCCAUCCUCCUCUAACUCGCUCCGUGCGGGGGAGAUGAGCUCCGGUCCGCGUGGCAGUCCGGAUAACCACACACCGCGAGUGGAGCAAUCCACUGGAUCGCCCAGAGGCCGCCUUAACACCACUGGUCACAGCUCCCUAAAUCUCGGACUUUACGGCCACAAAAGUGAGGGGGCAACGGAACUCAGCGAAAUGCCCACAGGCAAAACGAAAGGCGCCGACGAGACCAAAGUUGGAACUUUGCAAGCCGUUCAGCCGGUGGGACAAGCCGGCCACCCAAGUCAAACCCAAGGCAGUGAGCAGCCGCCGCAGAUCUAUCCCUGGAUGACUAAACUACAUAUGAGCCACGAACCGGAUGGGAAACGCUCAAGGACGAGUUACACCCGCUAUCAAACUCUGGAGUUGGAAAAAGAGUUCCAUUUCAACCGCUAUCUGACGCGUCGAAGGCGCAUCGAGAUCGCCCAUACCCUAUGUCUGAACGAGCGACAGAUCAAAAUCUGGUUCCAGAAUCGGCGAAUGAAGUGGAAGAAGGAUUCCAAGCUCAAACUUAAAGAUCCAUUCUAGAGUCCCUAUUUCACUCGGAGCUGAGGGUCUAUUCAGAGGAUGGCGUUCAAAAACUUUUAACCCACCGGUGUUUCCAAACUGUGACUUAAAUGUAAAUGCGAUGUUAUAGUGUGAUAUGUGAAAGUAUUAUUCAACUUACGAUAUGGAUAUGAGUGUAAUUCAAUUGUCAUGUUUAUUUAAUAUUGUGAGCAUUUGUUUUUGUAGAUAGGCUUGUGCCUACAUAGGUCAUACCCUAAUCGUAUUAUUAGAUGCAGUCAAAAUGCCAUUUUCGAAAUGCACAAUAUUUCUAGGUUGCAUCCAUUUCAGCAGUGAAUUUCAAUCUCAAGACUUCUGUUGUCUUUAUCAUGAUACUAGGCCAACUAGUAAUGCUACAGUUGUAUUAUUAACUUUGCAAUUGUAACCAUUCGGAUUUCAUAGUUUUUCAUAUACGUUUUUCAAUAUUAAGAUGAUUGUUGAUCUUGUUUAGUUUAAGUUUUAGGCUACAUUAAGGUCAUUUCCACUAUGGUGCUCAUCAUGUUGGCCCACGGGCCUUAAUGGUUUACUUCUUACAUUUCGUCACUUAAAAUUCACCAAGUGAAUAGCUUUUUCCCAGAAACAGGUGGGGUGGCGGAAAUUGAUAAAAUACACGUGUAUUUAUUUGUUUACAUCUUCGUAUUGUAUUUAGAUUAUAUGUGAUUGUAGACUGAAUAAUGUGACACCGUCUAGCUUGAUUUACAGAAAGCUAUUUCACCUUCUUUUGUUCUUGUUACAACCAGAAGUAUUAUUAUAAAACACAGAAAUCCUUUUUACACUCGCCUUACUUAUACGUCCAUAUGCGUUAUGGUUUGAUUCUAACCCCUGAGAUGUAUUUUGGAUGAAUGGUGAAGUUAUUGUUCAAUUUCAAUCGAUUACAAAAUAAUAAAAAUAAUCAGUGCAUGACGUCUGUCACGCAGACAAAUA